AUGGGCAAGGCUCCACGACUCCCCAACGGACUCCACGGCUCCCCCACCAGGCUCAACGACUCCCCACCAGGCCCCACGACUCCUUACCAGGCUCCACGACUCCCCCACAGGCUCCACGACUCCCCACCAGGCUCUACGGCUCCCUACCAGGCCCCACGACUCCUUACCAGGCCCCACGACUCCCCAACAGGCUCCACGACUCUCCACCAGGCUCCACGACUCCCCCACCAGGCUCUACGGCUCCUUACCAGGCUCCACGACUCCCCCACCAGGCUCCACGACUCCCCAACGAGCUCCACGACUCCCCCACCAGGCUCUACGGCUCCUUACCAGGCUCCACGACUCCCCCACCAGGCUCCACGACUCCCCCACAAGGCUCCACGGCUCCCCCACCAGGCUCCACGACUCCCCAACGAGCUCCACGACUCCCCAACGAGCUCCACGACUCCCCCACCAGGCUCCACGACUCCCCAACGAGCUCCACGGCUCCCCCACCAGGCCCCACGACUCCCCCACCAGGCUCAACGACUCCCCCACCAGGCUCCAGGACUUUCCACCAGGUUCAACGGCUCCCCACCAGGCUCCACAACUAUCCACCAUGAUCCACGACUCUCCACCAUGUUCCACGACUCCCCCACCAGGCUCCACGACUCCCCCACCAGGCUCCAGGACUUUCCACCAGGUUCAACGGCUCCCCACCAGGCUCCACAACUCUCCACCAUGCUCCACGACUUAACCAGGCUCCACGGCUCCCCCACCAUGAUCCACGACUCCCCCACCAUGUUCCACGACUCCCCCACCAGGCUCCACGACUCACCCACCAGGCUCCAGGACUUUCCACCAGGUUCAACGGCUCCCCACCAGGCUCCACAACUCUCCACCAUGCUCCACGACUUAACCAGGCUCCACGGCUCCCCCACCAUGAUCCACGACUCCCCCACCAUGUUCCACGACUCCCCCACCAGGCUCCACGACUCACCCACCAGGCUCCAGGACUUUCCACCAGGUUCAACGGCUCCCCCACCAGGCUCAACGACUCCCCCACCAGGCUCCAGGACUUUCCACCAUGUUCCACGACUCCCCCACCAGGCUCCACGACUCCCCACCAGGCUCCAUGACUCUCCACCAGGCUCCACGACUCCUUACCAUGCUCCACGACUCUCCACCAGGCUCCACGGCUCCUCAUCGGGCUCCACGACUCCCACGCCAGGUCCACGGCUCCCCAACCAGGCUCCACGACAUCCCACCAAGCUCAACGACUCCCCACCUUGCUCCACGACGACUCCCCCCCCCCCCCCCCCCCCAAACAAGGCUCCACGAGUGCCAAACCAGGCUCCACGACUCCCCCGUCAUGCUUUACGGCGCUGCUUGGCAACCUCUACGUGUCAGCCGUUUGAAUGCCCUAUCAAUCAACUCAAUCCACCUGUGUCAGCAGAUUUUCUUUCCUCGCGUAUACAGAAGCCGAGAAGGGAAGAGAAACUUUGA